UGGAGGGCUCAGAGUGUGUCUUUACACGUGUGGGAACGGAAGGAGUGUGUGAGAGAGAGUGUGUGUUCCACACACAGUUUCACGCGCAGUGACUGACGGAAGCUGCAGAAACACUCAACACGAUGAGUCUUUAUCUGGAAAAUAAAGCUUCUGAAGUAUGAACUCACUGGACUGAGAGAAAGAAUAAAGACUGGAGACCUCUGCGGUUGUGUAUGCUGUGGCUGUAGAUCAUGGACGGUGUGAGCGCUGUGUCGGGACAGACCAACGAGUCUCAGCACAGCAACGCCACCCUGGCUCGACCUUCAGAGUUCAGUGAAGCAGAGUUGGUGUUACUCGGCGUCGCCAUGGCCAUUCUGGUUCUGGCCAUAGUUUUUGGAAACGUGAUGGUGAUUACAGCUAUUCUGAGGUUCCAGCGGCUCCAGACAGUCACCAACCUCUUCAUUGCCUCGCUGGCUGUCGCCGACCUUAUCAUGGGAGUGGUCGUGGUGCCCUUUGGCUCCUCGUCCAUCCUGCUGGGCGUCUGGCGGUUUGGGAACUUCAUGUGCGACUUCUGGACGGCCACCGACGUGCUGUGUGUGACGGCCAGCAUAGAAACGCUGUGUGUGAUCGCCCUGGACCGCUACCUCGCCAUCACGUCCCCGCUCCGCUACCCGACGCUGCUGACCAGGGGUCGAGGCUUCGCCGUGGUGCUCACGGUUUGGGCCGUGGCCUCCCUCAUCUCAUUCCUGCCCAUCUACCUGAGGGUGUGGGUGUCGAAGGAUGAAGAGGCCCACCGGUGCCUGGAGGCCGAGGACUGCUGCGAGUUCAACACCAACGCGGCGUACGCCGUGUCUUCCUCCAUCGUCUCCUUCUACCUGCCGCUGGUGGUGAUGAUCUUCCUCUACGCCCGCGUCUUCCAGGAGGCUCAGAAGCAGCUGGAGAAAAUCAGGGGGAGAGAGAGGCACUUGUAUAACUUGCAUUACACGGCGCAGAUGACUUAUCCUGACGACAGCCCCGCCAUGAAUAAACUGAGGACGGGAGCAGAGGCGGGGGAGCCGGCAGGAGAGGACCGGCUGAGCAUGCAGAAAGCAGAAGGCGACGAGGAAAAUGGGAAGGAGAGCCGAGCGAGGACAGGGAGAGGUGAAGGAAAACACUCUGCCACAAAGCGUCUUAAGUUCUGCCUGAAAGAGCAGAAGGCAGUAAAAACCCUGGGGAUCAUCAUGGGGACUUUCACCCUCUGCUGGCUCCCAUUCUUCAUUCUCAACAUCCUCACCACCUUCCUGGAUCUGGGGAACAUCACGGUACCCUUCAGGCUCCUCAACUGGCUCGGAUAUUCAAACUCGGCGUUCAACCCGCUCAUUUACUGCCGCAGCCCCGACUUCAGGCACGCCUUCCAGGAAAUCCUGUGCUGCCGGAGCAACGGAGGCAGAGGAGGAUGGGGAUGGUGCAGAGACAAAGAUCGAUACGUUCAAACCCGACGCAGGCCGAUAGGGGACUCGAACGGCGUCGGGAGCCAGCAGACGCCGCGGUGGAGGGGCAGCGUGGAGAGUUCGAUUCAGGACAGCUCGCUCACCCUGGCUCCUCCUCCGUCUGGCUCCGAGCAGGUUUUGAACGUGGCUCCAGGUUCCCUCAGUAACUGGCAGGCCAACAGCUCUGCUACCUGGGACAGCAAGGGAAACCUCGCCUCCAUAGCAUGACCAAGUAGCAUAAUAGCUUUCAUUCUGUGUGUGUGUGUGUGUGUGUGUAUGCCCGCGCUGUAAACACUGAUCUCUUGAAUGUAAAACGAUGUUUGUAUUGGGUUCAGGUAGAGAGAUUUUCCUGUUGGAUGUUCCUUGUGAUCACUGGUUCGCUUUGCUGCUGGGGCUCGUCUUCUUCUCUCAACAGCGUAAAUCACAAAGGCAGCUACACAAGUAAACACAGUUUUACACGAAGUUUGAUGCAGACCUUCAAGUGAUAUUUUACAGGUUUCACAGUAAAUGUUUGUUAGCUACAAACUGCCUCAUGAAAAAACAUUAUUAGCUUCAUUAAAUUUGAGUUUAGUGACAAACGAUAAAGAGACUGAAUUCUUUUGAGGCUCUGUAAUAGGAACAUAAUAAUGAUGUUACACAUUAAAUGUUUUCACGAGGAUCAAGAGGGAUGUGAUGCAGGAUUCAGUGAGAGUCCAGUGGGAGAUCUCAGGGGAAAGAUACUGUUCGCAUACUUCUGUGACACAUGCUGUGUUUUUCCAAUCUCAUCUGUCAUAAUGUAGAGAGGAAUUGUUUCCCUGGCUUUCCAGGUGAGCUUGAAUGUAUAUUUAAGAAUGAUCCUUUUAAGAAAUCAAAUCAAGGCGACUCGUGGCCCCAUUGCAUCAGGACUGAGGCUGUUCAAGUCACAACAUGGUGUUUUACACAAACUCACAGGGCAGGAAGCCAUUUAGCUCCUGAUCUGCAUUGCUAAUAUCUUUUUUUUCCGUCAGCAGCUAAACCGCCACACAAACAUCCACAGCUUCCCGAAAGCAGAUAUAAUAAACUAGUGCUUGUUUGCCCCGGGGCUCAAAGUCUUUUUAUUGAGCAUAAAGAAAAAACAUCUUUACUGUUUUCCAUUCCAAUUCUAUCUAAUCCUCAUAACCUCUCCGGAGCCGUGAAACCGCUGUUGUAGUUGUAUAUGAAAUGAACACCUCAGAGCCAAACUGCUGAUUAUCAUAUGUUUUGCUUCUCUCAUCAUGCAUCUGCAGGAAAUAGUUUUCUCUCCAUCUCUCCUCAUUUUCCCCUCCUUCCAGAGAAAUUUCAGUUUUAUUGGUCACACAGAGCUUAGUGGGGAUCCCUUUCAUCUGCUGGGACUGAAUUGCAUCAUAAUGUCUUAUUUUUCAAAAAGAUCAGUUCAGGUGAAGACUUCAUAAGUGGCUCUUAAGAACUGAAGUUGAAACUGAAAUGUAUUCAAACCAUUUGCUUUUCGUCCAUCUCCGCAUUUUGAUCAAUAAAUCAGGUGGAUUUGGCUACAUUUUUACCAAGAUCCUCUCAUUGCGUGCAUGAAGACAGUUCAUUUGGAAACGCUUCAGCAUUUGUGGGUUAUUUUCUGUAAAUAUGAUGUACAUGUGUCUGUUUUAUUAUUACAUUUGUUUAAUGUAUGUUGAAUCUAUCGUGACUGUGCAAUUUCAAACCUGAGACAUGCCACUGAAUAUCUCUAAUUUACUGUAAUUUGUAUGAUACCUGGAUUACUGUAGUUUAACUGUGUGUUUUACGGGCCAAUGAUUACCACAUAGAGGGUAAAAAUAACUUACUAAUCAGUCCCUCCAGAUUUUAUUGUGUUUGAGUGAAUCUGGUUUUUACAAGAAAUGUUUAUUUCCCCAAUAUUAAAGUAGGUGCCUGUUUUGCAUUUUCAUGCAUGGAUAUAAUAAGUAACGGGAGAUAAAGCUAUUUCUCCAUGUUUUUUAUAUCAUUAAAUGUGACGACAUUUCAGAUGCUUUCACAACAACUUGUUCUUUCUGAGAGCAAAGUCUUAAAAUGCAGAAGAAUCCAGUGCUUUGGGGGAAAAAAAAUCAGAAGGGACUGAUUAACUGAGAUCUACUCUUCUUGACAACUGCAUGCGUAUUGAAUAAAUCCCAUUUAAGUAAUAAUAAUAAUAAUAAUAAUAACUAUAUAUUUAGACAUUACAUUCGAGUAUAGGCUGCAAUUGCGCACAAGUCCCUGUUAAAAAAAAGAAAAGAAAAUAGUACGAGUAGGGGGGGAUAUUUUUAUCUUAAUGUGUGUGUCCAUCUU